GCAUCGUGCAAUGCGCUUGCGAUCGCUCGUAAUCACACUGAUGUUGAUCUAUGUACAAAGUAGAAGGAGGUAUAAAGGUAGGUGCCUGAGUCCAGACUCUUGCGAUCAUUCUUUCCUUACGAGCAUCAUCACACCGUGCAAAACAGCAGGAUACACAUCUCGCGACAAUAAACGAAUCAAGCGCAUACAACAGACAUCAUGGCUUCUGAACGACGAGACUCCAACUUCCUCAGCCUUGCUCCAAUGAGCUACUCCAACUGGGUCGCGCCAGCUGCAUCGCCGCCAACACCAUCAAGCGCCAAAGAAGACGACGCCAGAGCCCCAUCUCCUACAGAUGCUAUCGAAGCAGUCAAGAAGACUCAACGCUCCGCAAGCGAGUCGAGCACUACCAGCGGGUUCCUACGACUAGGCCACGUGGACAAGGAAGAAUAAAUCUUAACACUACGAAAAUAAGUAUCGUAGCUUGAAUAUGUCUACACUCACGACACGACCUCUGGCGGCGUAACGGAUGUUUUGCGGAUCAAGGGACAAAUGCUCACGAGACCAACGACCAAACGACCAAUGACAUUACCGACGGACCUGCGCCCGAACUGUAUUUCCUAAAACAGUGCGAUGCGAUUCGAAAUUGGAAGCGACGUGUGGCGCAAAGGGCACGGGGAUAGGACAAAUGAACGGCAGCGCGCUAGCAAAUGCACAAAGUUGUCUGUACCAUGGGAUAGCCGACCCGGAUUCGGCAAUUACAUACUUCACUUCAACUGCUGUAUGAGAAAAGGUUUCAUGACCAAUUGGAUUCGUGCGCGUCACAUUCCUUCAUCCCACUCCCAU